GAAGAGCCGUUAUUGGAAGUCAGCGUGGGUAAAGUGUACCAGUACUACGUCUUUUAAACUGUGGCACAACCCAAAUAUCGAAAAAUGCCAGACCAUGGUCAAGAAAAAGCCACGCCAUCUAUGGGUGACAGAGUACAAUAGUUGAACUUCCUUCUCAAUGGUCAAUCUCUACUCGGCUGAACUCUCAAGGUCGGGCUUGUUUUCAUUGUUGGGGCUAGUGUCGUCGAGGUCUUCGUCCACGUAGACUGGUCUGAUUUUCAUUCUCAUCAUGGGUCAGGCACAAGUGAAGCCUCUUCCAUUGGGUCUGGGAUUGGGUGCCGUGGCUUUUGUGGCGGCCUUAGCCGGUUGGUAUUGGUCCAAGAACCGCCGCCAUCCCAUUACCCUGCUCGACCCCACCCGGAAAUACGCCCUCAAGCUCAUUGACAAGAAGGUCUUGUCCCAUGACACAAGGCGAUUCCGGUUUGCCCUCCCUUCAGAGAAGCACAUUUUGGGCCUACCCGUGGGUCAACACAUCUUCUUGUCUGCCCGCGUGGACGGCCAGCUGGUGGUCCGCCCCUACACACCCACCUCUAGUGAUCAUGAUCUUGGUUUCAUGGAUUUGGUGGUCAAGGUUUACUUCAAGAACGUGCAUCCCAAGUUCCCGGAUGGCGGCAAGAUGUCCCAAUACUUGGACAACAUGCCCAUUGGCAGUUCGAUUGACGUGCGAGGCCCAAGUGGUUUGCUCAUCUACCGCGGACACGGGACUUUUGAUAUCAAAGCUGACAAGAAGGCCACACCCGUGACCCGGAACUACGCCAAAGUGUCCAUGAUCGCCGGCGGGACGGGCAUCACGCCCAUGUUGCAACUGAUCACGGAAAUCCUGGACCAGCCCAAUGACUCCACUCAGCUUCGAUUGCUUUUCGCCAAUCAAACCGAGGACGAUAUUCUGGUGCGUGAGGAGCUCGAGCAACUCCAGGCGGAUCAUCCCAAUCAAUUCAAGCUUUGGUACACGGUCGACCGACCCACAGAAGGCUGGAAAUACAGCUCGGGCUUCAUCAGUGAUGACAUGGUCCGCGAGCAUUUGUUCCCGGCCAAUGAGGACACCUUGGCCGUGAUGUGCGGUCCUCCACCCAUGAUCAACUUCGCCUGUAUUCCGAAUCUGGAGAAGGCCGGUUACGUUGAGGCCAAUCGUUUCGCUUACUAGAUUAUGGAAGUCAAAACUAUAUAAACAAAUGUCCCAGACAUUGACAAAGAAAGCUUUUAGACCGAUUUAAAAAAUUGAAAA